AGAACCAGCUACAUCAUUCUCCCCUGUUCUCUCGAUAACUACUCCUAUCUUCUUUCUCAGGUAAGAUAGAUCGCGUUUGGGAGAAAGGAAGGGAAAAUCCAAAGCUAAGAAACAACGGAACUGGAAUCUCUCUCGUAACUACCUAACAAUGGCUGAGUCCCUAUGGAAGAAGAUGUACGCGUUUAACGAGGAUCGUCUCGACAAGCCUCGUCGUUUCGGCGUCACCGAGAUUCCAAUCCCCAAUUUCAGUCCUUUCUCCCACAACCUUCUUCAGGAUAUUUUUGAAUCUAGAGGGGAAUAUGUUGAUGGGUUGAAGUUAUCCGGAGAUUCUUACAGCUUGAUGCCAAAGGCUACUAUCAAGCAAGUGAUUGACCUAGCCCAUCAGCACGGCGUUUAUGUUAGUACUGGUGUUUGGGACGAGCACGUGAUUCCGAAAACUCCAUCAGAUUUCAAAGAAUACGUGGAGGAAUGCAAGCAGUUGGGGUUUGACACAAUUGAGCUUAAUGCUGGUUCACUCGGGAUUCCUGAAGAAACCUUUCUGAGAUUUGUUCGCUUGGUCAAAAGUGCUGGUCUGAAAGCUAGACCUCAUUUUCAAGUGAGGUUUAACGAGUCUGAUAUUCCCAAAGGUGGUGAUAGGGCCUAUGGAGCUUAUAUUCCCCCAGAACCUAGAUCAUCUGAAUUUGUAGAAGAUGUGGACCUCUUAAUCAGAAAGGCUGAGAGAUGUCUAAAAGAAGAUGCGGACAUGAUAAUGAUUGAUGCUUUGGGUGUUAGCCAACAUGCUGAUAAGAUGCGUGGAGAUAUUGUUGCCAAGAUCAUAGGGCGCCUUGGUCUUGAGAAGACUAUGUUUGAAGCAUCAAAUCAGAGAAUCUCUGAGUGGUUCAUCAGACAAUAUAGUCCAAAGGUGAACCUCUGCAUUGAUCAUUCGCAUGUGCUGGACGUGGAAUGCAUCAGAGGACGCAACUCGGGUAGCAAUCAUGCUUUUGUCUUUGGCCCUUCAUCGUUUUCUGUUCUAAAGUGAAUGGGGAAUUCGUAUAGCAUAAUAGUAUACGCUGGGAUUGAUUUGUUUGUGUUACUAUUACAGUACAAGUCUUGAGUUGGUGUGUUAAUAUUUCCUUUAACGAGUGAAAGAUUGGGAAAGUUAUGAUGGAGAAUGAAGUAAAUGUAACAUUGUCUUCCAUGAAAUUUAUUUCCCUUAA